AUGGAACAAAAAUAUGAGGAUAUAGAUACUUUUGAUAAUGUUAUUCUUAAAAGAGAUCCAUUUUUUAAAAUACUACGGUUCUCUUUACAAAUUGCGACGGCCUUAUUUUAUGAUGAAUCUAAAACUGAAAUCAUUGAAUCUAUUCUAUCUUGGAUUAUUAAGAUAACCAAAACACAAUCUGAACCAUACUCUGAACUAUAUCAUCAAGCAUUAUCGAUACUUACUCAACUUAAUAUUUUGAAGAAAAGAAGGGAAUGUGAAAUUUCUUUUAUUCCGUUACUUAAUAAGGAAAUUUACAAGGAGCGUAUUGAAAAUUUUAUAAAGUUUGCAAUACCCUAUGAAGACAAAUAUAAUAAUGUUCUAGAUGGAAAGUAUACAAAUGAUCUGAAGAAAACAGAGUUCGAAACAUUAUUAAAAGAUUGUAAUGAUAUGACCAGAGUGCAUGAACAUUUAAAAGGAAUAGAGCAAGCACGCUAUGAAUCCUCACUUAAACUGAGGAUAAAUGAAGAAAAUGAAUUAAAGAAUAAAAUAGAUGAAGUGAAAGAAAAAUCAGAAAGUUUUAAGAAUGGGAUUGAAGAAUGGAAAAAACAGCAAGAGAUUUCAUUAUAA